AUGUCCCUGAAAACCAAAGAAGAAGACCCAGCUGAAGAAAAAGUAGAAGUCCAGCCGAAAAAGAGAGCAGCUAAAAAAGACGCGAAGAAAGAGGAAGAAAAUGGCGGCGAGGUAGAAAAAAAAUCAAAAAAAGGAAAGAAGAAAAACGACGAAGACUCAGAAGCUGACAAUGAAAACGUUGAUCAGGGAGUCAAGAGCGGCAAGCAAGUCGAACCUGCUGAAGAGGUUGAAGAAAAACAGAGCAAGACUAGGGGAAGGAAGAAAAAGGAGGAAGCUGAUGAAAAAGAGGAAAAAGAGGUAAAAUCUAAGAAAGGAAAGAAAGAUGAGAAGCCUAAAGAAGAUGACAAGAAAAAGCCUCCAGUAAAGCGAGGCAAAAAGAAGGCUGAGGAUAAAGAAGCCGAGGCGGUUGAUGAAGCCAAGGAGGAUGAAGAUGUAGAGAUGAAGGAGGAGGAUCCUGAGACAAAGGCGGUCAAUGGUGAUGACAAGAAGAAAUCUAAAGCUAAACCUCCGAAAAAAACUGAAGAUGAACCGAAAAAAGUUGAAGAUGAAGACACUUUUAAGGGCAGAAGCACCAGGACCAAUAAGAAGAAGAAUGAGACUGCUGAUGAAGAGGAACCUGCUGCUAAAAAAGCCAAGACUCCGGCAAAUAAGACCGAUACGAAUUUGGAUGAGAUAAAUUUUGACUGCGACAAAGAAAACGCUGAAGGCAAGAAGUCGAAUUUUAAAGUCUGCUCAUGGAAUGUCUCUGGAAUCAGGGCCUUGCUGAAGAAGAACGGGUUUGAGUACAUCAUCAAGGAGGACGCUGAUAUAAUUGCCCUACAGGAGACCAAGUGCGACUUGUCGAAGCUGCCUGACGACAUCAACAUUCCUGGGUACAAGCACAAGUUCCUGGAGAGCACGGGUCAGUCUGGGUACUCUGGCAUCGCAGUGUACUCCAAGGAAGAGUUCGUCAGCGUCACUGAGGGGAUCAACGACCCGGACCUGGACAAGGAAGGACGCAUGCUGACCAUCGAGUAUCCGAACUUUUACUUCGUUAACGUUUAUGUCCCCAACGCUGGCGACAAAUUGAAGACCAUGGACAAGAGGAUGAAGUGGAACACUCUGUUCGAGGAACGCAUCAAGGAACUGGACUCCAAGAAGCCCGUAAUCAUUUGUGGAGAUCUCAACGUCGCGCAUCAGGAAAUAGAUCUUAAGAAUCCCAAGGCUAACAUCAAACACGCCGGGUUCACGCCCGAGGAGCGCCAGGGGAUGACUAGUCUUCUAGAAGCUGGGUUUGUUGAUGUCUUCAGGCACUUUUACCCCGACAAAACUGACGCCUACACCUUCUGGUCCAACUUGGGCAAGUCUCGGGAAAAGAACACCGGCUGGAGAUUAGAUUACUAUUUAGUUUCUGAUAGGAUUAAGGACAAAGUGUGUGAUACUGUUAUUCGGGACAAAUUCGAAAAAAUUAGUGUUAGAAUGAUCAGUGAAAUGGAAGGCGAAGAUCUGACAGAUUCGGAGCAAGUUAGAGCUACACUGGAAACUUACAAAAAACUGGCCAAUGAUUUUUCAAAUCAUGAUACUAUUUUAAAGGACAAAACAGUGCUCUCGUAUCUGGCUUAUGUCCUAGAAUCUCCAGACGUAGAAGUAGUGGAAACAGCUCUGGAUAUUUUGGAAGUACUUACCAAAAAUGUUGAAAAUUACGUUCACUUGACGUCGACAUUUGGGAUCCGCGAAGCCCUCGAGUCUGUAAUAAAUAAAUAUUGCAUUGAUGACCCACAUAUAGCCAAGUACGGGCAAAAAGUAAAAGAUGACAUUGAGCGGAUGAAGCCACCGAUUUAUAAUUUAAGAAGCCGUUGCAGGCGUGUUAUAGAACCAAAGAAAUUAAAGACACAUGUUAUUGUCCUGCAUGUCAGUGGACUUUUGCCAGAAACUAGAACAGACCUAGAAGCGACUCUAGUUAGGGUUGAAGGUCUCAUAUCGUUAGUUGUUGAUGUUGAGCAUCAGCGCGUUACCAUGAGAACUCUAGCCAAUGUCUCAGCAAAGUGUAUUGCUGAAGCUAUUAGAGAUAAUACGAAAAAUAUGGAGGCUAGAUUAGUUACCAGGAAUAAAUUUAAUCAAGAAUUUCUCGUUAAAUUGGAAGAAGAAGAAGAAGAAGAAGAAACCCAAAAAGACGGAAUUGUUUCGUUGUUUUCUGGAUUGAAACAAAGCGCUUCUACGAUAUACAAAUCAACAACUGAAUUUUUGCACAGUUCUUUUUACUGGUGA